GAGUUGCUGGCUGCAGAGCAGGAGGGCUGAGGCGAGCGCGGCAGAGAGGGAGCGCGCCGCUGGACCACGCAACUUGGACGGCGCGCCCGCAGCGUGGGCGCCCCUCGGGGCCGAGCCUCCCAUGGCUUCUUCGUAGCGCCGGAGACUCGGGGGCGCCGCCGUCGCCAUGAACGUGGUGGGGGGCUACCAGGGCCACCCCCAUCCCCACCACCACCCGCACCACGGCGCGCUGCUCCACCCCCACCACCCGCACCACGAGCCGUUCCUCUUCGGGCCGCCCGCGCCGCCGCCUCCGCCGGCCCCCGGCCGAUGUUUCCCGCCGGCCGAGCGGCCCUUCGCGCAGGGCUGGUUGCUCAGCGCAGCCUCCGACCUCUCCCCGCCGCCUCCGCCUCCUCCCGAGUUGGUGUGCGCGGCAGCUGCGGCAGCGGCUGCAGCGGCCGCCGGGCUGGGCUCGUCGGCUUCGCCCGCCUCGUCGUACGGCGGCAGCCCGUCGGAGCUGGGCGGGCGGCUGAGCGCGGCGCGCCGUCGGGGUGCGUCUUCGUCGUCGGCGCCCGGAGCGCCUCGCAAGGAGCGCCGCCGCACCGAGAGCCUGAACAGCGCCUUCGCCGAGCUGCGCGAGUGCAUCCCCAACGUGCCGGCCGACACCAAGCUCUCCAAGAUCAAGACGCUGCGCCUGGCCACCAGCUACAUCGCCUACCUCAUGGAGGUGCUGGCCAAGGACGGGCCGGCCGCCGAGGGCUUCAAGGCCGAGCUCAAGAAGGCCGAGCCCCGCGGCGACGCCAAGAGGAAGCGCGAGCAGCCGGUAAGGGCCCGCGCGAAGGCGCUCUGCGCGCGCUCAGAGGCGCCCUCCCCUCGAACGGGAGGAGCGGGGCAGAAAAGUGAGUCUCCUGGUUCCAGACUUAGCGGGAUGAGUGGCGGCUCCCUAUAUAAGGGGUGGAAACAAUACCUUUGUUUCUGCACAGGCUUUAGGGCAGCUGCACGGAGCGUAGCCAUGGCCGAAACUUAGAGGCGCGGGGGCUAGCGGUGGGGAAGAGACUCUGCUCAAUUCCAGGGAAUUGCAACCCCUGCCCCUUCACCCUGGAGCUCAGCCGUCCCAUAGCGGAGGGGAGGAAAAAGCACAUUGGAGAUUGUCUUCUCGGCCAGGUCUGACCACCUGAGCGAGCCUGAUCCCGCUCCCAUGGGCUUCCGCUUCCGGAGAGUGGACCUCUCUGCCCCAGAACACGCGCCCCUUCCCCAAUUCCAGGUCUUCGUCUCCGGGCCUGUCCCAUAUUAAACUUCAGGUAAGAGGCUCAUGUGAGGUAAUGGUGCUCCACUUAAAGAAUAGCUAUCCCAAACAAGCAUCUGUUUUCCUCUGAGGCUGAUUUCCUCGGUGGGGGUACCUAGAGCAAAGGCCUGGACAUAGCAGAGGGGUAUGGAAGGAGCCCCACCUCUCCUGUGGGUAGAAUUAGGCUGGCAGGCUAUAGAGCCCCUCGGAAUCAUUGGCAAAUCUCUGCUUGGUUUUUAAAAAUGAUUCCCGCCUGGCGCAAGAGUGAAAUGAGCUUGCUUUUUCUAUGUGUGUUUUAAAGAUGGUCCAGUAUUUUGUUGGAUAUCAAGCCCACUGACGUCUGCGGAAGUCCAAGUGAAUAGGGUAAGGAGGGAAAGGGUCCUCCUUUAAGUAGAGUGGAGUGGAUAUUAGGGUGGCAAGCUGGGAAAAGCUGCAUUUGCUGUGCGGUGGGUUUGGGAGAUGUAAAGAUUAGAGAUGAGAUUUGGUGGCCUGGGUACUUAAACCUCAAUUAUUAAAUCAGAAGAACGCAAGAAGAGCCCUGCCGGAUCAGACCCAAGGCCUCUCUUGUCCAGCAUCCCUGUUUCUCACCAGAUGCCCCUGGAAAGCUUCCUCAAGCCGAGCAGGAGAGCAAAACAGCUCAUUCUUGCUCUGGCUCCCCAGCGACUGGGAUCUAGAGGCGUGCCAAGGAAAGCCUAGGCCUCUGGCCUUUGGAUCUAAACGAGCCCUUCUGCACUGGUGUGUGGGGUGGGGGUUUCUUCUAGACUAAGCAACCAGCCUUCAAAGGAGGGCUGCGGGUUUGAUACCCACUCAAUCUGAAGCCUUUUGUCCCACAAAACCAAGCUUCCCAUACCCACCGCAUCCCUUGGUGGACUCAUCCUGCUGGUCGUGUCUGAAUCAGGGCCAUAAAGACUGUGUGGGCAAAAGCGUUCGGCAGUCCAAGUUGGAGACCUGGGUCGGUGGAUUUGCGCCCCCCCCCAACUGAUGCUUUGCGCGCGAAGUCUGUUGCAUGGAAUGCAUUGCAUGACGCUUUAGUAAGGAAUGAAAGCGGAAUGGGACAUUGCGGCAGGCAAUAUUUCAGGAGAAGUAAUGUGGGACUAUGGAGCCUCUCUCCGACCCGCUUCCUAAUGUGCCAACUGCCGUGGAGAUCUCAAUCUCUCGGGGAAAGAAGGUCGAUUAUUUCACUGCAUUGCAUGCCUUCCGAUCUUCAUCCGUUAACAGAUCAGCACUCUAGGCAGGGGAAGGGGAAUCGCUCGCUCCCCUGUUUCAAGACCACGGGGGAAUUGCUCCUAGGGAUCCCUGAGCUAUGGUCAUGUCUAAUAAGUAACCGUCUGUAACAAAUGUCCCCUGCGUCCGCCCUCCAAGCGCCCUUUUUAAACUUGACUCUGGCCUAGGCCAAGCCUUUCGGCUUUGCUAAUGAUCUGCCCUCGGCCCCUGUCGCGCAAUCCCCGACAUCGCGUGAUUUAGGAUGGCAGCCUUAGGCCUCCAUCCAUCCUUCACGCGUCUUUGGAAGCGUCCACUUGUACAUACUUCUGAGUAGACAAGCGUGGGCUCGCGCUGCGCGGGAGUCAUUCGUUCUCUUCGUUUGAUUUCCCUUUAGCGUGGAUGUGAGACGGUGGAGGACAGAGCCAGGCUGAGCUGAGUGAGGGCGGUCAUUUCUUGCAAGUGUUGUCCCCAGUUCUGCAUUCUGCAAGACGUGCCCUUCCUUGACGAGAACUACUCCCUUGCACGGAACGUUCUUUGCCGGAGGGAGAAUCGGAAUCCGACCUUGGAUGAACGAGCCAUCCAAAUGUCGUGUUGCGCCGCCUUUCUUUACACCCCGAAAUAAUAUAUAUUAAUUACUAUGGUUGAAGGAAGCAGACCUAGAAGGAAAAGAAUGGCGAAGGUUCUGACCGCGAGUUAAAGCGGUGAGAUCGCCCGCAGCCAUCUUCCUUCUUUUAGGUCAGAUUAACCCCGGGUCCAGGUUUGUUUAUAAACAUGCCUCGCUGCGAGAAAAGUGUUUGGAACUGCGCUUUCUGGAAAGUUAGAAGUGACUCGUCUAUUGUGCUGUCCGAGGAAUGUUCUUCUAGAAUAUCAAUUUUGUUCUUCCGGCGUGAACGCAUCUGAAACAACGCCAUCCGCGCACAAAAGAGUUACAUUGUUGCGCAAGCAACAGCAGACAAGCACUGACAAACUAGUGUUGCCUCUCACAAGAGUAUAAUAAUGGUGACAGUGGUUGCACAAUGUGUAUCCUUGCAAGUGCAAAUUACUCAUUUGAACUGGAUUUUCUGCAAGAUUCAACACAAGGCUUCUGCUAGCAGUCUGCUUUCUGCGCUGGCAGCAUUACACCAUAGGAAGGUUUUCAGAAGUAGUAGCAUUUUCAAGAGGCAAAUAGGGAGGGAAAGUCCUCAGCAGACUGUUGAGGCAGAAGCGGGAGGGAAAUGGCAUGCCCUAUGAACGGGCAUGGCAUGGCUGGCUGGCAGGCAGGCAGGCAGGCAUCUUGGACAGGAGGUGCAACAGGCCCCGCUUGUUUUGAUCCACAAGUUAUCCUUUUGAUUUCUAUUCGCUGCCCUAGUGUUAAGCAACUGCGUAAAGACAUCGAGGCAACCCAACGUUAUUUGCGGGCUGGUUGUGAGGUCGCAGGAGCUUCUUCCUGAUUGCAAAAGCGGCGCUCUCCUCUUAAGACGUUACCCAGGGUUGCCGGCGACUAACGUUUACUCAGAGCAGACUCACUGAAAUUGAUGGUCAUAACUAACUGAAGCCAAUUAGUUUCAAUGGGUGUACUCUGAGUAAAAGUGCGUUCAGUAGUCAGCGGCUCAAAGCGCCUUCUCUUUACUCCGCAAUUUGGCCAUCGAAGACAGCUGCAAAUUCUAUGCAAGCUUCAAUGGAAGUCCAAUUGAACUCAGCGGCGCUUGCUUCUGAGUAGACACGCGUAGGAUCUGGCGGUAGAAAAGUCCCAAUACUUUUGGAAAGGGCGGCCGAAAUGAAAUGGCCAACUUUUCUUUUUAUUCUCCCAGGCCAGGAACCGCAUCCUUUUUGGAAGAUCGGACUGUAACAAAUAGUUUUUUUAAAAACCUGGCGGGGGAAUAUUUCCCACACCCCUGGAAAGAUAGGGAAGAUGCAGGGAAGCCUGUCAAAUAUUGCGCCGCUACUUAAACACCCCACAUCCCUUUUAAAAUGGCAUGUAGCUCUCUUGGCCCAGUCCUCUCUAGGGAAUUUCCGUUGAUACCGGUCCUUUUCUUGGCGCCUCUUUCGCUAGUUUGCAUAGGUUUUUUGUUCUGGGGCUCAAGAAGGCGGCAUAACGCAAGAGAUUGUUUCAAAAUCCUCCAGGAGCGAUGAAAAGCGCCGUGGCAACUCUCGACUUCAUUUCCUCAUCUCCUGUUCCCCUUUCUGGCGGGAUUUAAAAAUGCGCCAUCGAAUUGCCAGAGCUGUUUAGAACUGUUAAGGUCAUUUGGAUGUGGGUUUUGGGGUGGGGUAGGGCGAGCAGAGAGAAUUGUACACAAUCUGGAAGGAAGGCGGCGGGGGGGGGGGAAAUAAUAAUCCCGUAUCUUCGCCGCUUUUGGCUGCAGUUGCUUCCCGCAAAAAACAAAAACAAAAAAAAAACCCACAAAAAACUUCUCCGCGGAAAACCAAGGCGCAAGGAAUAAAUAUGCACACGAGGUGAAUUGGGACCGCUCCAAAAUACGCCCUGGAAGUGGUAUUGUACUUCCAUUUCUUUUAAUGGAAGCUUCUCCCCAAUAAAAUAGACCAGUAAGGGCUGGGGAGGGGGGCUGUUCGGCAGACCACACGUUCCUGCUGCCAGCAGAAUACAAUGCACCCAAAUCUCGACACCCCCUCCAAAAAAGAAACCCUCUGAAACUGAACUGGAGCGAAGCUGGUUCGGCUGUCCUGAGGCUUCCAUUUAUUUAUUUUGAAUGCUAAUAGAUUUCUCUCUUGCUCUUCAAUAUAAAUGCAUUCAGGCCAUUUCAACCCACCCUUUUCUGGAAGUGUAAAAAUGGAGGAGGGGGGAAAUUGACCGUGAGACGUACUGCUCCUGCUUUUAAAGAGGCUCUGCGCUUCUUCUCCCUCUCUCAAUGAAGGCGUUUGGCCGAUCAGUUUUCGAUACUGUUUCAGAAAAGUAUCAGAUACUGUUUCAGAAAAGUAUCAGGCCAUAGAAACAUUAAUCGAAUUCGAUAACAGCUGCCAUUAUCAUCAUCAUAAUCAUCAUUAUUCAAAAUUUGUAUUGCAAUAUAAUUCUCAAUCUCAAUUUCCUCCCGGUGUCGAUUCCCCUCUCCACAGUUAAAAGAAGGCGCUUAAUCAGUGAAUUAAAAAAAAAAAAGGAAAAGGAAAAAGGAAUUCAUUCAUUCAUCUUUAUUCCUUUGCGUUCGCUCUCGUUGAGGGGAGAUAGAGGAGGAGCCGGAUUUGAAAAUAAAUAAUAACUAAAUGACCGAGUUGCAAGGGUAAAUAAAUUAGCAUCUGCAAAGUUUAUACUAUUCAAGAGGCUGUAUAAACCCCGCGAUUUAUUUAUUCGGUCCUGUUGCCCGGAGUUUUUUUCGCGGAGCGGCCUCGGCAAUUAAAAGACUCAUAACCGGCGUAAUUUAGUAGAGGGCUCCGACGUAUUUACCAAAACGUAGCCUCCUAUAUUUAUAAAAGGGCUGCAAAUAGAGACUGAAAUUUAUGGCCUUCCGCCUGAUUAUCUAAUACUCAUAAACAGAUGAACAACUCCGGGGUCUUCUUUACAGCCUUCCGGGCGAAAUUUACAAACAGUGGCUUCGUGGACGGCAGAAGGGCUCGCCAUGCAAACGCCUUCCUUCCUGCCUUCCUUCCUUCCUUCCUUCCUUCCUGCCUGCCUGCCUGCCUGCCUUCUUGCCUUCCUGCCUUCCUUCCUUCCCUUGCCUGGCUCUCUUCUCUGCCUUAGGCACGAUCCCACCAAGACCAAGCGCUUUGCAAGCCCCUCCGUCGAUUUUCGUUGCAAAGGCAGGAACUGGCGCCGCUUGCAUCGCCUACGAGGACUGUUAAGCGCGCUUCGCAGGGGCUGCGUUGGGCCUUAUAGGACAAUCGAUAGGAUUAGUGGUAGGAUCCACUUAUUAGUGACAGAGCCGCCCUUGAGCACACGAGAAGGCAGUCCUGGCGCCCUCCUAAAGCGUACUUUCUCAAGAGUAACACGCUUAGGAUGGCUCCCCUCUACAUUUCCCUGCUUUCUUUUCUUCUGGUGAUGAUGAUGAUUAAUGCGUAAUGGAGAUUCAUUCCCUCCUGGUUUUUGUUUUUUCCUCUUUCCUCCCCUCCCCUCUCCCCCUUGCAGCAGACCGAGGGCUAUUCUCACGCUUUAGGCCACGGAGAAAAACGGCUUAAGGGCAGGACUGGCUGGCCUCAGCAGGUCUGGGCGCUGGAACUGAAUCAAUGAAUGAAACCAGGAACCGUUUCCAGAGAACCGGCUCCACCGAGGUGGCUGGGAGGAGGACUGCGCGCGCGCCCAGGAUGGGGGACCCUGUUCUCCCUGGUUGGUCUCUGCCCCAUCCCUCGCGCACCCCAAACCCCCAACACUCAGAAGGAGAGAGAGAGAGAGAAAUCGUCUGCGACCCGCUUUUUUGCUUGUUUCCGUCUGCUGAUCCGCCCUCCCCUUCGCAGCCUUGGAGCGGGGAGCCGGCGGCCGCCUCAGUGAGGACGAGGAUCAUGUGCAAUGUGGAGGCUGCAGAGAGGGGCCCCCGAAACGCCGGAGAACGGAAAACUCCCCCUUCCCUGAAGCCAGUAACUCGCUGGCUUGAAAGCCCGGCGAGGACCUGGACGUCAAACGAUGGACCGUCUGCGCCGUCGGAAGUCAGGCAGGAAGAAGCCUUGCCGGAAACCCGCGCCGGAUAUCGCGUCGUCUAAUGUCGCUUUUGAAUGUCUCAUGGAACCAGGGUGCCACAGAUGUAGAUGUAUAUAUAUAUAUAGCUAUAUCACGCGGGAUUGUGUGCGGACCUGAAAGGGAUCUGUGUUGCACAAAAGAAGGUGGAAAGCCCGCCAGCCGAUCCUGACUUGAGAGUGAUUUCCAUUUGCUGUCAAGCCAUUGCUGAAGGGGGGGGGAGUGGGAGGGGGGAGGAGGAGAAGAGAGGUUGAUAAUCCGAUUUCAUCACAAUUUAGGCUGCAGCCGAAACAUCCUGUUCUUCGUGAGGAUCCCAUCGAACAGGAGGAGGAGCUGCUUCGAAGUACACCACUCUAUUCACGCCAGGCCACUCCUGAGGCAACAACUUUCUUUCUGCAUGUCAGCGUGCGGAUCGGAGCCUUUGCUUCCUUUUCAAAAUCUAUAGGAUCCCCCACCCUAGCGCCCUAGCAGGGCUGUAGCCGGAAACCUGAGCACAUAAACGGAUUUGCUCGGGAGUAAAUCCCACAGCUAGGAAUGGGAUUACUUCCUGACAAGGAUGGAAGGAUGCAGAUAAGAGCUGGAGGAGUUGAAUCCCACCUUUGGACACGAUCCAGCCCACCUUAAGACCCCGCCAAAUUGGAUUUCCAAACUCUUGGCUUGGGCUGGACCCAUCCCUCGGAUUUUAGUGAGGCCAGCUAUGCGGUCCUCAAGGGGCUUAUUCCAAAACCGCCACCCGCCCUCCCCAUCGGAGUCCAUGAAGCUCCUUCAAUAAACCACCUGUGGGUGUAGCGGGGAGGGGUAGCUGCCCCUCUAUCAAUAAAAAUCAAUAAAAAUACAAAAGGCCUGCCCCCCCCAAUCCUUGCUAUGCCCAUGAAACCACCUGAGUCAAUAAACGACAUUGAAGAUCACAGCCUGCAAUUCUAAGCAGAGCCAAAACUUUCAGGUCCAGGUUGCAGAAAUGGAAGGAGGCUCGCUUUGGCUGUAACCCGGCUGCUUUCUUCUGUCUCUGUGCCCUAGGUUUACAUUUCCUCUGCUUUCAUCCCCUCUCCUCCCCAGUUAAAAGAGAAUCCAGUUCAGAAAGAAAGAUGCAAAGUGAAAGAAGGAGACCCCCAAUCGGCUCCUCCUGUUGUAAAUGCACUGUCGCCUGCCUGGCCUGGGACCCAAUAUUGCCCGUGGUGUAUGGGGGAAUUGGCCAUGCACUCUAGAGACACUGUCCCCUACAGACGUGCAUGAGCUUUCCAUACCUUCCUCCCACCACCACUUCACUCAUUCCCUGCACCCCCCAAGUUUGGGGGAUUGGUUCCUCCUGCACUUGUGGGGGAGGGGAAUACUGGGCAUGAUCCAGCUACAAUUAAGCACCAUUUAAAAGGUCGCCUGGUUUCGCUGGAGAAAGUUCAGCACAUGGUGACCCCCCCCCCGCGUUGAAACCAGUGAUUCGUGAGGAUGCUUCUCUGUGGCAGGCUUGUGUGUUGUGCCUAGUGUCGCUAUUUGUUUCGAUGUAAAUAAACACAAGGUCUCCCCCUCCGACCAUGUCUCUCCUCUCCCAACAUCGUUGAUUCCAUUUCAUAUUUUUGUUUGGAUGUAUUUAAACUACCUAAAUGGAUGCAUUUUAUACAUUUCCUGUACCGGGUUUUCUACCUCAAAUCUGUAUGACCACUUGCGAAGAGAACAGGUUUGCCUUGCCAAAUAUUUAUGCGGAU